AUGUUAUCAAUAAUUGACAAGUUUGCGAGACUGCGGGACACGAGUGCACCGAAGGGUCCGUUUGUCUUACACGACGGCCCGCCCUAUGCCAACGGUUCCCUCCAUUUCGGUCACGCCAUCAAUAAAGUGUUCCUCAAAGACAUGAUAUGUCGGCGAAAGUUAUUGGAAGGCUUUGAGGUGUCGUACCUCCCGGGCUGGGACUGUCACGGACUGCCCAUUGAACUGAAAGCCGUCUCCAAAGACUCGCAGAUAACAGACGCCAUUGAGAUACGAAAGAAAGCCAAACAAUUGGCACUUAAUGUGAUCUCAGAGCAUAAGACUUGUUUCAGAAAUUGGCAAAUACUAGGCGAUUGGGACCACCCUUAUCUCACUUUUAAUUCAAAUUAUAUAAGCAAUCAAUUGAAGGCAUUCCACACUCUGUUAGAUAGUGGUCUUGUCUUCCGCUCCCAUUCGCCGGUCUAUUGGACUCCUUCUGGACGGACAGCUUUGGCCGAAGCAGAGCUUCAAUACAAUGACAAACACGUCUCGCAAUCAGUUUUUGUCAAAUUCAACAUAACAUCAGUUCCGGACAUUCUUCACAAAUAUAGUGAUAUAUCGGCUCUCAUUUGGACGACCACUCCCUGGACUUUACCCGCAAAUCAAGCCAUUGCUUACUCGCCAAAUAUAGACUAUUGUGUGGUUAUUAUCAGUCAAUUAUGCGAUGAAAAUCUUUUAGUGGCAAAGGAUUUGAUUCCUUCUUUAGAAGAAGAAUUUAAGUCUAAAAUUGUGAUCAAAGAAGUGAUUAAUGGAUCAAAUUUGAAGGGAAUUACAUAUAAAAAUCCCAUUUCAUUAAAUGACGAAAUUCUACCAUUUCUUGAGAGUCAAUACGUGACUACAACUAAAGGGACCGGUUUAGUGCAUACGGCACCCAACCAUGGAGUGGAUGACUAUAAACUUAUCACCAAAAAUAAUAUUCCAUUGAAAGAGUGUAUUGUCGAUGAGAAGGGCUGUUUUGUCUCCACUUCUAAUCCAUUAUUAGAUAAUAAGUUUGUUCUGAGCGAAGGAAAUGAUAUGAUAAUCAACUUAUUAGGAAAGGCACUUCUUUACAAACACGACUACAUUCAUAGCUAUCCCUAUGACUGGAGAUAUAACGAACCGGUGAUUGUGAGGGCCAGUCCUCAAUGGUUUCUCAACAUAGAGUCCAUUAGAGAAGAGUGUGUGAAAGCGCUGGAAGACGUGGUAUUCUAUCCCGACUUCUAUAAGGAAUACCUAAUCAAUCAAUUGAUUGUAAGACCCAAUUGGUGUAUAUCUCGUCAGAGGUCAUGGGGUGUCCCCAUCCCUGUCUUCUACAUGAAAGAUGAUAAACAAUAUAAAACUCCAAUAUUUUCAAAGCGAAUAUUGGAUCACAUUUUAGAUGUGUUUGAAGAGAAAGGGUGUGAUGUGUGGUGGCUAUGGACUGUGGACCAAUUAGUUCCCAAACAUCUGCUUGAAAAUGAUCUGAAGAUUUGUUCAAAUGAUUUGGUGAAAGGAAAAGACAUUUUGGACAUUUGGUUUGACAGCGGCAACAGUUGGAAUGCAGUGCUCAAUGAGCCCAAAGUGGCGGACAUGUAUUUGGAGGGUUACGACCAAUUGCGCGGUUGGUUCCAGUCUUCACUCAUAUUAAGUGUUGCGCUCAGAAAGUGUCCGCCGUUUAGAUCAGUUAAGAUUCAUGGCUUCGCACUCGACGGUAACGGCAAUAAAAUGUCCAAAUCUCUUGGCAAUGUAAUCGAUCCAAACGAUGUGAUUGAGAACACAAAAGAUGCCAAUAAUUGUGGAUCCGAUGGCUUCCGGUGGUGGACAGCAAAGCAUGCCUCACAUCAUAAGGACGAAAAGGUUUCUAUGAAUUCAUUCAACGAAACUCUUGUCUCACUCAAUGGUAUUCGACGUACCAUUCGGUUCCUGAUCGGAUCCCUUCAUGACUUCUCGCCAUCGAAAGACAUUCGCCUUUUGUCUGAUUUGAAUACUUUAGACAAAUAUGUGUUACAUUUGUUGCACCACUACUUGAAUGACUUGCAAAUGGAUUUCAAUGACUACCGAUUCAGUAAAGUAAUCAAUUCGUCUCAAGAAUUUAUAAUCAACAGAAUCGCCGGCUUUUAUUUCUCGCGAAUCAAACACCGCUUGUUUUGCGAACACAAGACAUCACUUCGCCGAAGAACCUGUCAAACGGUUCUCUUGUAUUUAUACAAUUCAAUUGUCUUCCAAUUGGCGCCUAUAUUACCGCAUAUUAUGACAGAAGCCUUCAAUCACCGGCCAAUUGAUUCACAAUUUAUUCAUAACAACAACGAUUGGAAUCAACCGAAUAUAGAGGAAGACAUGCAACUCGUGCUGUCGAUGACUGAUCUCAUUAACAAGCAAUUGUUUGGUAAAAAUAUGGUUAAAUAUGACUGCUUUAUAAGCACUGACACAACUGGACUCAAGAAUUUAUCGUUAUUCCAAAAGGACACGAAUUCAAUGGAUUCUGAUUUGUGUGAAAUACUGGGCACGUCUUCAGUGAUGUAUAGCGAGUCAAAAGCGCCACAAAGGGAUGGCAUCACUUUGAACGGAUACGACAUACAGCCACCCAUCGAAGCCAACCCUGUCAUCAAUGCCUACAAUGAUGUGCGGUUUGACGUAUGCUAUCAAAUGAUGUCCAGACGUGUUGUCGGAGUGAUUGUCAGGAGUGGUCGCAAACAGACCAACAAUUUUCUUGUAGUUAUCACUCAUUUCCUAUUAUCCGUACAUAUGUAUGGCAUGAGUGAGCCCACCGUAUAUCAUGCGUUAGUCGUUAUAUUCCUCGAGUUCUUCGCGUGGGGUCUUCUCACCACUCCUAUGAUUACGGUGUUGAAUGAGACGUUUCCGGACCAUACAUUUCUUAUGAAUGGAUUAAUUGUUGGCAUCAAAGGCUUCUUAUCCUUCCUGAGCGCACCCCUCAUCGGCGCUCUGUCUGACCUCUGGGGCCGAAAGUUUUUUCUAUUAUUAACGGUAUUCUUCACGUGUUGUCCCAUUCCUCUGAUGCGAUUGAAUACAUGGUGGUAUUUCGCGAUGAUAUCCCUGUCCGGUGUGUUUGCGGUCACCUUUUCAGUGGUGUUCGCAUACGUGGCUGACGUGACCACUGAGCACGAGAGGAGUUCCGCCUACGGACUGGUUUCGGCCACAUUUGCGGCCAGUCUGGUAACGUCCCCCGCGUUGGGCGCAUACCUGAGCGCUGUAUACGGCGAUAAUCUAGUCAUUUUGUUAGCCACACUCAUAGCUGUCUUAGAUGUACUGUUCAUCCUAUUCUUCGUUCCCGAAUCAUUGCCUGAAAAGCUUAGGAUGAAGUCGAUCUCAUUGUGGGAAACCGCUGACCCGUUCGCCUCAUUGCGUAAAGUGGGUAAAGACACCACUCUUUUAAUGCUGUGUUUGGCUGUCUUUCUCUCAUACCUGCCCGAAGCGGGUCAGUACUCGUGUUUCUUCGUUUACUUGAGACUUGUUAUGAACUUUUCUGCCGAAGACGUGGCGCUCUUUAUUGCAGUCGUUGGCCUGUUAUCAGUUGUGGCACAGACUGCGAUGUUAUCGAUGCUAAUGAAGACAUUUGGCAGUAAAAACACGAUAAUGUUUGGCCUUCUGUUGGAAAUGCUUCAACUCAUGUGGUAUGGGUUCGGCUCUCAGACUUGGAUGAUGUGGACGGCAGGCAUUGUGGCCGCACUCGCCUCCAUAACUUAUCCGAGUAUAAGUGCCUAUUCCUCGAUGGGUGCCGACGCCGACAAACAGGGCCUCGUCCAGGGACUCAUCACUGGAAUCAGAGGAUUGUGUAAUGGUUUGGGUCCAGCCGUCUAUGGCUUUGUGUUUAAUUUAUUUAACGUCGAUUUGACGCAUAAUGUGCCAGUUGUGGGCCAAUACCCGGGCGGCGGUGAGAGGGGCGCUCUCAUAAUGAACGAGCAUUUAGUGAACUCUAGCAUUCAUUCAUUUAAUAUACCGGAGAACCCACUGAUCCCCGGCCCUCCCUUUGUUUUCGGGGCUUUUUUAGUGUUUUUGGCAAUCCUUGUGACUGCGAUCGGCAUUCCUGAACUCAUUCAAUAUCCGUCUCAACACAACAGUGAGAGUAACCAACACAACAACACCGGCAGAACGGGCUCUAAAUACUACUACACAUCAAUGCAAUACCAAAGGGGGGACAACCAGUGCGUCGGCUCUAACGGUAUGGACGGGAAGGGGAGUCCAUUAGGAAGUGCCGACGAGGAUAACAUAAACACUUCCCUUAAAUCUAUUACUAGUCCUCUGAGGAAGAAUGAGGACAAGAGUUUGGUCCGUUAUUUGCAUCCAUCAGACCAUGAGUUAAGACAAAUGAUUGGUUUGACUAAAAAUGCCAACAAAUCUAAGAACCGAAAAGAAAACAAAGAACCAAAAGAGAGUACAUUUAAUGUACCCAAAGAUAUAUCUCUUACCCUUGAGGCCAAACCUCUGGAACUGAUAGAUGUGAUCCAAUUGCCAUACUAUGCAGAACUUCAAUGGCUUAUAGACUUUGGAGUCUAUGCUCUCAUUAUAUACUUUUUGACCGAAUUUUACUACUUUUUAGUGCCGAAUAUGGCCUUCAGUUUAAAAAUUUUGUUCUCAAUAACCGGCCUUUACUUCAGAGGCGGUGACGAAGCAAUAGGCGAGAGGUCUCUGACUAUAGUUUCUGGAUCUCUAUUCUUCUUGACGGCAAUGAUUGUCUUAAUCGCUGACGAAAACUUCUUGGAGUUUGGAUUAGUUCCGGCCUAUAAGAGCUUUAAUGAAAGUGCUUUUAAAUUACUAGAAACUCAUGCAAUUAGUGAAAGCAUGGGUAGUGGACCGACAUCUCUGCUUAUGGUUAAGUUCUUUUUGUCCAUUUGGUGCGCUAUUAUCGGCGCUUUCUUUACAUUUCCGGGACUCCGGAUCUCCAAAAUGCAUUUCGACGCCAUUAAGUACUCGUCCAAUGAUCCCGUCUCUCUAGUUCUACUGAAUCUGAGUUUUAUUUCUCCACUUUUCAUAAUACUUUUAUGGAUCAAACCCAUUGCCAGGAACUACUUGACGGUCAAGACGUGGUCGUCGAGAGGCACGAUAAUGAGUUCCGAUAGUUUCGAAACGACACGAAUUGUGGUAAUACUGGUUGUGUUGGCGUUGAGAGUGUUUCUCACGCGACGAUACCUUCAAUCCUAUCUGAAUAUCGCACCACAAAAGCUGACACUAAUGAAGAAGGAAAGGGGGCGCAUCACUAAUGUCGACCUCCAGAAAUUGAUCGCGAGAGUCUUUCAUUACUUAUGUGUCGUAACUCUUCAAUACAUUUCUCCGCUAUUUAUUUGUCUGUUUAUGACACUAAUAAUGAAGACUUUAGGCAAUUAUUCGUGGAUUACAGUGUCGAGUACCCCCGAUAUGCCUCCCAUAGCCAUGAAUGUGGAGCAGACCGGUCCUCAGUUGACUUUAGCCCUAUUGAAGAGUGUAUUCAAUCCAGUAGUUUUGCGAGGACUCACGGGAUUCAUGGUGUGGUGGUUGUGCUCCGUAUGGUUUGCUACCUCUGCCAUUGGCUUUGUAUAUCAUUCAUACUUUUUGUGAUAUUAGAAAUCAUUAACCAAUUUUCAAUAAACC